AUGGAGAUCAUCAUUUAUGAUUGACAUUGUCAUUUACUAGAAAGAAAAAAAAGAAUUUGAAAGAUAAAAAUGAAAAAACAGCGACUCCCUCGCCUUUCUCUCAUCUUUUAAUAUAAAGAGCUGAACUCCGAAUCAACGAGGGGAAAACCAAAACAAAGCCACCCUUCCGGUCCAUUGCCAUCACCCCCACCACGCCUCGCCGCGCCACCUUCCACUUCUUAAGUUUCGAUCUCUUCUGUUUUUUUUUUUUGAACUUUUUCUAAACUAAAUACUGCUACUAUUUUAUUUUUCGUCGUUCAAAUUUUUUAUAUUAUAAUUAAUUUGUCUCUCUUAUUUUCCUUUCCACUUCCUCUGUAAAACCCUAAUUAUCAUUCGAUCUCCUAUUUCCUCCAUUCUUUGUCAUUCUUUUUAUCAUUUCUUUUCGAAACCCUAGAUUUUGUUACAAGAUCUGUUGUUAACUUUGCAUUUUAUUUUUAAGAUUAAAUUAAGAGGUUUUCGAGGGUUUGUUUGAUUGGGAAAAAAGAAAAUAAAAGAAAGGGUGAUUUCGGGUCAAGGCUGGCUUGUUCUUGGCUCAAGUAAAUGGCGGAUCCGCCUGGACUCCGCCCCGACAGGAUUGCUCAUCGUUUCGAGGUCAUUUCUUGUUCUGCUGCUACUAUUAGUGUGGGAUUGGAUUCAAUAGGCUUAAAAAGCAGUGACCGUUGUGAACUGUGACAAAGGAAGCCGUAGAAGUCAAAGCAUGCUGAGCGUGCUACGGGUGCACCUCCCUUCUGAUAUACCAAUUGUUGGCUGCGAGCUCACGCCUUACUUGCUUUUACGCAGACCCGACAAGACCGUUACCACCGAUGACGUGCCUGAGUCGGCCCCUCUUGAUGGUCAUUUCUUGAGGUACAAGUGGUAUCGCAUACAAAGUGAUAGGAAAGUUGCUGUCUGUAGUGUCCAUCCCUCUGAGCAAGCCACAUUGCAGUGCCUAGGUUGUGUGAAGGCUAAAAUACCUGUUGCUAAAAGUUACCAUUGCUCUCCAAAGUGCUUCUCAGAUGCAUGGCAGCAUCACCGUGUUCUGCAUGACCAUGCUGCUAGUUCUGUAAAUGAAAAUGGAAAUGAGGAAGAAGAGAUUUUUGGCCGCUUCAAUAGCACAGGGUCUGGAGUUGUUAAUGCUACCUUAACUGGUUCAGCUUCAAGCGCUAGCUUGACAAAUGGUUCUACAUCUCUGUAUCCUGCUGCAGUUACACAGAGGAGUGGUGGUGAAACCUGGUUUGAAGUUGGACGCUCUAAAACAUAUACACCCUCAGCAGAUGAUAUUGGCCAUGUUCUCAAGUUUGAGUGUGUUGUUGUUGAUAUGGAAAUGAAACUACCUGUUGGACAUCCCAAUACUAUUUUGACAUCUCGUGUUAUUCCUGCACCUUCCCCUAUUCCUCGGCGCUUGAUCCCAGUAAGCGGAACUGAUAUGAUGGGACAGCUUGAUUCGGAUGGCCGUAUUUCAUCUUCUGGAACUUUUACUGUUCUGUCUUACAACAUAUUGUCCGACACAUAUGCCAGUAGUGAGUUAUACAGUUAUUGUCCAUCAUGGGCUCUUUCUUGGCCAUACCGCAGACAGAAUUUGUUGCGAGAAAUUGUUGGUUAUCGUGCAGACAUUGUUUGUCUUCAAGAGGUGCAAAAUGACCAUUUCGAGGAAUUUUUCGCCCCUGAGCUGGACAAACAUGGGUAUCAAGCUUUAUACAAGAGGAAGACAAAUGAGGUUUACGGUGGAAAUAUCCAUACAAUUGAUGGCUGUGCUACUUUUUUCCGUAGAGAUAGGUUUUCCCAUGUCAAAAAAUAUGAGGUUGAAUUUAAUAAGGCUGCUCAAUCCUUGACUGAGGUUGCAGUUCAAACUACUCAGAAGAAAGCUGCUUUAAAUCGUUUGGUUAAGGAUAAUGUCGCCUUAAUUGUGGUUCUGGAAGCAAAGUUUAGUAAUCAGGGAGCUGACAAUCCUGGGAAGCGACAGCUUCUUUGUGUGGCAAAUACACAUGUAAAUGUUCCACCAGAGUUAAAGGAUGUCAAAAUCUGGCAGGUGCAUACCCUCUUGAAGGGAUUGGAGAAAAUAGCUGCAAGUGCAGACAUUCCAAUGUUGGUGUGUGGGGAUUUUAAUUCAGGUCCUGGGAGUGCUCCCCAUUCACUUCUUGCUAUGGGAAAGGUAGAUCCACUGCAUCCAGAAUUAUUGGUAGAUCCUCUUGCGAUUUUGCGUCCUCACAGCAAGUUGACUCAUCAGUUGCCACUGGUUAGUGCCUACUCACCCUUUGCGAGAGGUGUUGGUCUUGGUUUGGAACAUCAGAGAAGAAAAAUGGACAUCACAACUAAUGAACCUUUAUUCACAAAUUGCACAAGAGAUUUUAUCGGCACCCUGGAUUACAUAUUCUACACCGCGGAUUCUUUAACAGUGGAGGCAUUAUUGGAACUCUUGGAUGAGGAUAGCUUGAGGAAAGACACUGCCCUUCCUUCUCCAGAGUGGUCCUCUGAUCAUAUAGCACUGUUAGCUGAAUUCCGGUUCCAGACAAGGCCUAGACGUUAACACUUUUAAGGUCAUGAAGAUGGCCAAGAAAAUGACUCUUGAGAAGCCGAUGGAUACAGAUAAAAGGUAUUUGUAAGAAUGAUAGAUCAAGCUCCCUGUGUUUUUAAGGUAAAUUCUCUUUGAUUGAGGGAUCUUUGCUUUGAUCUAUCUGCUUUGUAAUAUGUCAACACCUUUGUUUCAUAGAAAAAUGAUUACUUUUUUUUUUUUUUUGGCAAAUAGAAGUGUCCACCGGCUCAAUAUAAUUUUAGUGAAUUGUCCUUUGUACCUUAAAAUUUCUUCUGCAAAGGAAGUGGUGGUUUAAUUAGUGGCAUGGCAUGCCUUGCCUUCCCAUCUUAUCUUUAAA